AUGGGUCAUUUUCUGACCCUCGCGGCCGUUCUGGUCGGCCUGCGCCUACUCUGGAGUAUACUCAACUCGUUGCGCCAUGCGCAGAAUGCUCGCCAGCGGCAAUGUGGCCCCGUCCCUAAAUAUCCUAGCGGCUGGCUGGGCUUGGGCACUUUGAGAGAGGUGAUGCGAGCCGACAAAGCGAAGAUGAUCCCGCCGACAUUCCGUGCUCGCUUCGAAACGUUGCGCAAACAAGAGAACCGGCUUGUCACGACUUUUCGACAGGUGCAACUUGGUCGCGAGAGCAUCGUCACUUUCGACCCGAAGAACGUUCAGGCCGUCCUUGCCACGCAAUUCAGGGAUUUUGAAUUAGGGGAGCCUAGACGGAAUGCGCUGCACUCGUUGCUCGGAUCGGGAAUCUUCACGGCCGACGGCGAAGCCUGGUCUCGUUCGCGAGGUCUUCUGCGCCCGCAGUUUACUCGUGACCAAAUCAGCGAUCUUGAUCUGGAGGAACGCCACGUCCAAGCCGCCAUGCUGGCCAUCCCCAUCGAUGCAUCAACCGGCUGGUCGAGUACCACCGAUAUCCAAUCCAUCUUCUUUCGGUUGACGAUCGACUCGGCGACGGAAUUCCUAUUCGGCGAGAGCGUUGACAGCCAGACUGCCGUCGUGAACGGCCACAUCGCCGAGGACAAAUUCCCUUACUAUUUCGACCGCGGCCAGUGGUACGCAGCGCAGCGUGGCCGGUUGGAAAGCUUCUACUGGAUGGCCAACAACAAGGAAAGCCACUUCAUAGACUCCCAGGUGCACUCCUACGUGGACCGGUUCGUGACCGCUGCCCUCGAGCAGCGCAAGAACGAGGACUCGGAGAAGUCCGCCACGGAAUCGCAGCAACCCUACAACUUCUUGAACGGACUUGCUGCCGUCACCCAAGACCCCAUCGAACUGCGCUCGCAGCUCCUGAACAUCCUACUGGCCGGUCGCGACACCACGGCCUCGCUGCUCAGCUGGUGCAUCCUACUCCUGGCCCGGCACCCGGACGUCUUCCAGAAGCUGCGCACCACCAUCCUCGACACUUUCGGCACCUAUGACGCCCCGCGCGACAUCACCUUCGGCUCGCUCAAAUCCUGCCGCUACCUGCAUCAGGUCAUCAACGAGGUGCUGCGUCUGUAUCCCAUCGUUCCUGGUAACCGGCGCGUUGCAACCCGUGAUACGACGCUGCCCCGUGGCGGCGGGCCCGACGGCGAGGCGCCCGUAUACAUCCGCAAGGGUCAACCGGUGGUUUACCACGUCUUUGCCAUGCAGCGCCGCACGGAUCUCUGGGGUCCCGACGCCGACGCCUUCGACCCGGAGCGCUGGGUGGAUCGCAAGGUGAACUGGGAUUACCUUCCCUUCAACGGCGGGCCUCGUAUUUGUAUCGGACAGCAGUUUGCGUUGACGGAGACCGGCUACGUUUUGGUGCGAUUGUUGCAGCGGUUCGAUCAGAUUGAGGACGUGAACCCGCAGCAGGAAAUUCGGUACGGAUUGACGCUGACCCUGGCGCCGGCCGACCCGGUGACGGUGAGACUGCACGAGGCCUCUGCGACGGCAUAG